AUGGAGGCUUCAGGAUCUUCUUCCCAGUCUCAAGACAGCAAUGGAAUCCACAGAGAAACAGAAAACCUAGACUACCAAGAGACAGAAUUCCACAAGCAAGAUGGGAAGCUCCAAGAACGAUAUGAGAGAAAGAAGUCUUCCUCCUCCUCAUCUUCCUCUUCUUCUUCCUCCUCAUCAUCUUCCUCCUCCUCCUCUUCCUCCUCAGGUCACAGGGAACUGGAGGUGCUGAAAGAUGAUCUUCAGCUCUGUGGAGGUGCCGCUGGGGAAAUGGUGCUUGCUGGGGAGACAGGACUCCGAAGGAGAGGUUCCGGCUCAGCAGGGGGAGAAGUGGAGGCCUCCCAGUUACGAAGGCUGAACAUAAAGAAGGACGAUGAGUUUUUCCAUUUCGUUCUCCUCUGCUUUGCCAUUGGGUCCUUGCUGGUGUGUUAUCACUACUACGCAGACUGGUUCAUGUCCCUCGGGGUCGGCCUGCUCACCUUCGCCUCCCUAGAGACCAUCGGCAUCUACUUCGGGCUGGUGUACCGGAUCCACAGCGUUCUUCAGGGCUUCAUCCCCCUCCUUCAGAAGUUCAGGCUGCCAGGUAAUGGUGCUGCACAUUUCCCCAGCCAAACUCUCUCCUGAUCGGGACUUUCUUCUUCCAAAGAGGUCUGCUGUCUAGGGAAAGUCCUGGAGGCAGGGGGCUCCGGCUCCAGUUCUGCCUCUGCUCUGUGACCCCAGACAGCCUUUUUCUGUGCUGGCGAUGGAACCCAAGGCCUGCAGCAUGCUAGAGAAGCCACAAUCCAGCCGUCUGUGGCCUCUUUGAGCCUCAGGUUCCUCAACUGGAAAACUGAUGUAAUUCUUUCUGCAAGGGGUGGCCCAUCAAGUAAAGAAGGAUGAGGAGGGCUGUAAACAUAAACACUAAAGAAAAGCAAAGAACCUGUACUCCCCAAAUGCUACUUCCUCUCUGGUUGUAUUAAGUAACUUUGUAGUUGCCUUUGAAAUAGCCUGGGCUAAUGUAGAUUCUCUAUGAGUGUGUGUGUGUGUGUGUGUGUGUGUGUGUGUGUGUGUGUGUGUGUGUGAGUGUGUGUGUGUGUGUGUCUGGUGUGGCUAGGAUGGGACCCAAGGCUUCACAUACACUAAGAAAUUGCUCUGCUGCAGAGCCAUACUCCCACCCAUUGUCUUUGACCAGCAGCCCAGGAGCUUUGUACUUGGUGAUGUUGUGCCUCAGAGUCUGGAAGCCAGGGAGAGUGUGUCUCUGUCCCGGGGGUGGGGGUGGUAAUGUCUUCUCCACAGCUAUGGACCAUGGGGAACCACAGUGCCUUCAGGAAGGGCCACUUGCUACCUUCCCUGUAUUUUGGGGGCCUUUGAGGUGGUGGUGGGGUCAGGACUUGACUGCCUGCAGAAUCCUAUACCAUCCUGCAAGCUUUGCUUUCCAGGGUUCAGGAGAACCGACUAAGAACGUUGCCUGAGAGCAGAUGAGCCACUCCCCCAUGUGACCACUGUCACCACUGCUGUACCUGAGCCC